ACAAACACAAUUUAUUCAUUUCAUUUGCCUAAGGAACCAACGUUGAGUCAUUGACGUUGAAGCCUUAGGUUCCUAUGGAACCCCCGUCAACCUCGGAAAAUUUCUAACUAAACCCCUUUUUCUGCUCUUUUGUUGCGAUUUUCCCGUGUUAUUAUUCUUCCCAUAACCUAAUAUUAGAAGCUUCCUAUAUGCAGCAGACUUAUCUACCAUCAAACAUUCACCUACGAUAUCCUACAUGUCCUGUUUCCAUUGCUAGCUAUUAAAGGAUAUUUUCUAAUCCUCCUCUUUUCCUUUUUGGAAACAUUGUUUUAUGCACUGAAUUCAUCUUCAAAUUUGGAACAACUCCACUACCUCUUGAUUCAUGAUUGUAGUUAUCGAUACUACACCAACAAAGUCUUAUCCCACUAGGAAUAGCUAAUAAAUUGGCAAGGUUUGGAAGAUGCAACAGCAGCAGCAGAAUUAUGAUGAGAAGCUGAACCAAAUGGAGGAGCAGAUGAGAAAAGUUGAGCGUGAGAGAGGUCGAGCCUUCAAUGAUCUCAAGCAAAUGAAAAGGGUUGCUGAGGAGACUAAUGUCAUGGUUGAUAAAUCAUUAGCCUCCAAGAGAUUAAUUUCAAACCCACGUAUAAUAGAGCAACAAUUAAUGGGUAUUAAAGACAGCAACAAGGAAUCAUCAAAUUCAAAGCAACGUUGUUUGUCCGAGAAAGAUGCUUUGUUGGACAGCAUGAGGAACGAGAUGGAUAGUCUUCGAUCAUCCGAGGAUAAUGCAACGGCCUUGUUGUCUGACUAUAAAAGGAGAAUCCAAGAAUUGGAGGCUGAACUGGACAAGCGAAGAGAAUCAGAAGCAAAUUUGUUUGACACAUUGGUAAUGCAAACAAAGCAGCUGGAGCAGAAUAAGAUUUUGCUUGAAGAGUCAAAGCUGGAGAUCACUUCUCUUGAAGAAAAAUUAAAGCCACUUCAAGUAAUAAGCGCCACCCAAACCCCUGGGACGGAUGAUUAUGGGUUUACCACAAAAGAAAGUGUAGAAGAGAAUAUGGAAAUUGAAGCUGAGCUAGAAAAAGAGCUGUUGGGUGACGAGGAGGAACUAACCAAGGAGGAGGCCAAAACCAUGCUUGAAGAACUGAACAUGCUUAAAAAUGAAUUGAAGUCAGCAACUGAGGCAGAAGAGAACAGUAAGAAGGCCAUGGAUGAUUUGGCAUUUGCAUUGAAAGAAGUGGCAACAGAAGCCAACCAAGUGAAGGCAAAACUGACCUUAAGCCAAGUAGAACUAGAGCAAACCAAAUGUGAUGCAGAGCGUUGGAGAGCAAUGUUAGGAACCACAGAAGAGAGGUACAAGGAGAUUCUAGAAACAACAAGGAAAGCAUCUGAAAGGUACAAAAACACAGCCGAGAGGUUAAGAUUGGAAGCUGAAGAGUUCCUUUCUGCAUGGAAUGACAAGGAAACCGAGUUUGUGAAUUGCAUUAGAAGAGCCGAAGAGGAAAGGUUGCUUGCGACACAAGAAAGCACCAGAGUCCUUGAUUUGUUCAAGGAGGCAGAGAACAAGACAAGGGUUUCAAAGGAAGAGAAUCAAAAGUUGCGAGAUAUACUCAAACAAGCCUUGAAUGAAUCCAAUGUUGCUAAAGAAGCUGCUGAGAUUGCAAAGGCUGAAAAUGCUAGACUUCAAGAUAGUCUCAACCUACUAUUCCAUGAGAAUGAGAUGCUGAAAAUCCACGAAGCUGCUUCAUUUGAAAACAUUAGAGAGUUGAAACGCAUGCUAUCAGAAUCAUCAAUGAAGGAGUUCAAAAAUGAGGAUAUUAUGGAGAAGCCAUCUACAAAAGAUCAAGGUAGCAAAGAUCAGGAUAAUAGUAAUAACAAUAAGGAAUCAGGGAGAAAAGCAAAGGCACAUAAUAACUCAAUAGAUCACAAGGAUUCUAAGAGUAUGAACAAAACUUUUAGUUUUAAUCUAAAGGAAAUGAUAACGCCACAUAACCAUAAACAGCAGCAACACAUAAGCAAAGUUGGGGGGAAUAAUGAAGAGGUCAAUAACAAUAACAAAGACAUUGAUAAUGAUGACACAUUAAGGGGUUCGAUUUUUGAUGAAGUGGAUUCAUCAUCGGAUUCAGAAUCUUGUCCUGAUGUAGACAUGGGAAUCCCUGAUGAUUUUGAUCAUCUUGAUGAGUCACAUUUUGAUGAUCCUCAGAGUGAUAGCAACUCGAGGAAACGAAGAGCUUUGCUGAGAAGAUUUGGAGACCUUAUACGGAGAAGAGGUUACCAUAAUCACCGAAAGGAACCAUCCAACGAGGAACAUUUACAAACGUGACAUAUAUAUAAAAAAGUCCCUAGCUAUAAGGAUUCAUAAUUCAUACGUUAAUUUAUUAGACUGAUGUUGUGUUUAUAAUGUUUUGCUUUGCAAUUGUUAAUUUAGACUCAAGUUUUAUACGCCUAUUUUGAGAACCA